CCAAUUCUGAAAAAUAAUCCCUCUUUUGCGCUUCGUCCUUUUGGGGAGACUGUCCGGGGGUGGCCGAAGGAAGGAGAGGAGGGGUCCAUUUGAGGCUUUUCUGGGGGGAAGGAAAAGGGUAGGUGGCUGGGCGCCUGAGCCUCUCCCAGGCUACCCCUUCCCCCCCCCAGCUGUUAACGGGAUUGACAGAGCCGGAGACCUCCUAUCCCCAGGGGGGGAGGCGCGGGAGGGAGCGAUCCUGCGCUCUCCUUCUCAGUCCUUGAAAGUCGAUUUUGCUGCUUGCUCUCCUGUGAACGCCAAGGCACGGCUAUGCGCGUGGGAAGCCCGAGCUCCGCGGAUCUAAGGAGCCAGCUGCUAUCAUGACUGAUGGCGAGAGGAGAGCAUCCUUCCAGCCACCGUCCAGGGAUGAAGUGCGGGUCCCCAUAGCAUCUGGCCAAGGCCCCAGCCAGGUCCCCCCAUCUGAAGAGGAGAAAGAUGACGAUACCUUCAGCGCUUGCAAGUCCAUCCAGGACAGCUUGGCCUCGGCAGGUUCAUCCACCCGGGAUCCAGCCCACGAGGGAGACAACCAGGUCCCCUACCCCGCCCUGGCCCCCACCGUCUUCUUCUGCUUCAGCCAAUCCACGCGACCACGCAGCUGGUGCCUCAAACUGGUCUGUAAUCCCUGGUUCGAGCACGUCAGCAUGCUGGUUAUCCUCUUGAACUGCGUCACCCUCGGGAUGUUCCAGCCAUGUCAGGAUAUCAGGUGCCAAACAGAAAGGUGCACAAUCUUGGAGGCAUUUGAUCACUUCAUCUUCGCCUUCUUUGCUGUGGAGAUGGUCAUCAAGAUGAUCGCCCUGGGGAUCUUUGGCCACAAAUGUUAUCUAGGAGACACCUGGAACCGUCUCGACUUCUUCAUUGUCAUUGCUGGCAUGAUGGAAUAUUCUCUGGAUGGACAUAAUGUCAGCCUUUCAGCCAUCCGCACGGUGCGGGUUCUCAGGCCCUUACGAGCCAUUAACAGGGUGCCAAGUAUGCGCAUUCUUGUCACGCUGCUCCUCGACACUCUGCCUAUGUUAGGCAACGUUCUCCUCUUGUGUUUCUUCGUCUUUUUCAUCUUUGGCAUCGUGGGUGUCCAGCUCUGGGCCGGGCUGCUGAGGAACAGGUGUUUCCUGGAUCCCCACGUUCAAAGGACACACAACCUGACUUUCCUGCAUAAGUACUACCGGCCGGAAGAGGGGGAAGAGAACCCUUUCAUCUGUUCCUCCCUCCGGGAUAACGGCAUGCAGAAGUGCUCCAGCAUCCCAAACCGGAAGGAGUACAAGGUGGACUGUACGUUAACUGUGGACGCUUACCAUCCGCAAUUGGACUCUCUGGGCUUGAGUGGCCGCAACGCCUGCAUAAACUGGAACCAGUAUUACAACGUUUGCAGGACGGGGGACUUAAACCCACACAAUGGAGCUAUUAAUUUUGAUAAUAUUGGCUAUGCUUGGAUAGCUAUUUUUCAGGUUAUAACCCUGGAAGGAUGGGUUGACAUCAUGUAUUAUGUUAUGGACGCACACUCUUUUUACAAUUUUAUAUAUUUUAUACUACUUAUAAUAGUUGGAUCUUUCUUCAUGAUUAACUUGUGCCUGGUUGUGAUAGCAACACAGUUUUCUGAAACCAAACAGCGGGAGAACCAGCUGAUGCAAGAGCAGCGAGCCCGCUACCUCUCCAACGACAGCACAAUCGCCAGCUUCUCCGAGCCAGGAAGCUGCUACGAAGAGUUUCUCAAAUACAUCUGCCACAUUUUCAGGAAAGUCAAACGGAGGGCCCUGCGCCUGUACAACAACUGGCAGAGCAAGCGGCGGAAAAAAGUCAACCCCAACAGUGGCGGAGACGAAGUUCAGGGCCAUCAGAGUGGCAAGCGGCGCAUCACAUCCAUCCAUCACUUGAUCCACCAUCACCACCACCACCAUCACCACUACCACAUCAGCAACGGGAGCCCCCAAGGGCCAAGAGCCAACCCAGGAAUUUGUGACCUGGAGUUGGACGUCAUGAAGCCUGGAAGCCAACUGAUGCUUCCUCCAUCUUCGCCCAGCCACCCAAGUGGUGGAGCUGCAGAUACAGAGUCCAUCCACAGUAUUUACCAUGCUGACUGCCAUGUGGAAGGGACCUCGGUGAAAUGCAAGUCUUCCAGCAUUGCUGCAGGUAGCAAAACUGCCAAUCGCGGCAGCAUGAACUACCCCACCAUCUUGCCUUCUCCAGCAAACAAAGCCAGUAUCCCUCCAUUGUCCAAAGGGAAGAAAAAUGAGACCAGUGAGGCGACCUCUCCCAUGCCCGUGGUCAGCAGCCCAGCCCAUCUGAAUGCAGAUUGCUAUGGGAAGCUCCAUCAUCUAGUGGGAGAACAUGGCCUCUGCCGGACCUCCAGCGUUUUGUCUGGCUUGAACGUGCCGUGUCCUCUGCCAGGGCCCCAAGCCAACACCUUGAGCUGUGAGCUGCAAAACUGCCCAUUCUGUGCCAGCAUCCUGGAGGAUCCCGAGUUUGAGUUCAGCGAGGCAGACAGCUAUGAGUCAGGAGAAGACAACAAUGGGGUCUACGAGUUCACCCAGGAUGUAAAACAUGGGGACUUACGGGACCAGAUCCAGCAGCGGAGGAACAAGAAAAAGAAGAAAAGGAAACCAGCCAAGGAGAGGAACAAGAUAACUAAGCUCUGGAAGGCCUUUGGCAACAAGCUGAAGCGGAUCGUGGAGAGCAAGUAUUUCAACCGUGGGAUCAUGAUCGCCAUCCUCAUCAAUACACUGAGCAUGGGCAUUGAGUAUCAUGAACAGCCGGAUGAGCUAACCAAUGCCCUGGAGAUCAGCAACAUUGUCUUCACAAGCAUGUUUGCUCUGGAGAUGCUCCUCAAGCUCUUGGCUUUUGGCAUCUGGGGUUACAUCAAGAACCCCUACAACAUUUUUGACGGCAUCAUUGUUGUCAUCAGUGUCUGGGAGAUCAUUGGCCAGGCCGACGGGGGUCUUUCGGUGCUGAGGACCUUCCGACUCCUCCGGGUUCUCAAGCUGGUGCGGUUCAUGCCAGCUCUCCGCCGGCAGUUGGUGGUUCUCAUGAAGACCAUGGACAACGUGGCCACUUUCUGCAUGCUGCUCAUGCUUUUCAUCUUCAUCUUCAGCAUCCUAGGUAUGCAUCUUUUUGGGUGCAAAUUUGGCUUAAGGACAGAGACAGGAGACACCAUGCCAGACCGAAAGAACUUUGAUUCCCUGCUGUGGGCAAUUGUCACCGUGUUUCAGAUCCUGACCCAGGAAGACUGGAACGUGGUCCUCUACAAUGGAAUGGCCUCCACCUCCUCCUGGGCUGCUCUCUACUUUGUGGCUCUGAUGACCUUUGGCAAUUAUGUCCUCUUCAACCUCUUGGUCGCCAUCCUGGUAGAAGGUUUCCAAGCCGAGGGUGAUGCCAACAGAUCUGACACAGAUGAAGACAAAACAUCGACCAACUAUGAGGAAGAGUUUGAGAAGCUGAAGGAACUCCAUGCUUCUGAAAUGAAGAUGUAUUCAUUGGCCGUCACGCCCAACGGCCACCUGGAGGGCAAGGGCAGCAUGCCCCCGCCCAUCAUCAUGCACACCGCAGCCACCCCCAUGCCCACCCCAAAGGGGUCUCCACACAUGGACUCGGCCUACCCUUUUGGGGACUCCAGAAGGGGCAGCAACGUCUCGGUGGACCCGCUCAACUUUGACCAGAAAUCUUUGUCCAGCCUCCGCAGCUCCCCCUGUGCCAACUGGGGCAGCCGCCGCUCGAGCUGGAACAGCCUGGGCCGGGCCCCCAGCCUCAAGAAGAAGACCCAGUGCAGCGAGCGAGAAUCCUUGCUCUCGGGGGAGGGCAAAGGCAGCACGGAUGAUGAAGCCGAGGAGAGCAAGCUCAGCACUCUCAGUCGGGGGCCCCUGCACCACCGGGCAGAAUCCCUGGACUGCCGGGGUGGCUUGGAUCUGCCGGAACUCCUCCAGGUGCCCGGGGUGCACCCUCCAGUAGCCAUGCUGCCCCUCGAGUACCAGGACUGCAAUGGCAAGAUGCUGCAGGUGCCCAGCGAGCUCUACCUGCACCUGGAUGGCCGCAAAGAGGAUCCCUUUGACUACGAUGACAACAUGGAAGACAGUUUCUGCUAUAGAAUCCGCAAGAACCUGGAGCCCUACAAGCCCAAAUGGUGCAAGAAUCAUGAGGACUGGUCCCUCUAUUUGUUUUCUCCUCAAAAUCGCCUCCGGGCCAACUGCCAGAAAGUCAUCGCACACAAGAUGUUUGAUCACGUGGUCCUGAUUUUCAUCUUCCUCAACUGCAUCACCAUCGCCUUGGAGCGCCCGGAUAUCGAUCCCAAUAGCACGGAACGGAUAUUCUUGAGUGUCUCCAACUACAUCUUUACGGCCAUUUUUGUUGCUGAGAUGAUGGUUAAGGUUGUGGCGCUUGGUUUCUUCUCUGGGAAGCACACCUACCUCCAGAGCAGCUGGAACGUCUUGGAUGGAAUCUUGGUCUUUGUGUCCAUCAUUGACAUCAUCGUUUCCAUGGCAUCAGCAGGCGGAGCCAAGAUUCUAGGGGUCCUGAGAGUACUUCGGCUGCUGCGCACCCUGAGACCUUUACGAUCCUGCUUUUCAUCCUGCAGCAUGCGAGCAAAAAUGAGGGAUGGGGGAAGAGAACCAGAAUGCUCCAAAGUUAUAAAAUACGGUUUCAAAGGUCUCCGCUGCUUCCCAACUGUCAGUGUCCUCUGGAGGACGGAAUAUUUCUUGGGGAGUCUGGAAUUGGGAUGGAAAAAAGGAGAUGUUCCUCUCCUCUCCAGGGUCAUCAGCAGAGCUCCGGGACUGAAACUUGUGGUCGAGACGCUGAUCUCUUCUCUCCGGCCUAUCGGCAACAUUGUCCUGAUCUGUUGUGCUUUCUUUAUCAUCUUUGGCAUUUUGGGGGUGCAGCUCUUCAAGGGCAAGUUCUACUUCUGCGAGGGGAUUGACAUCCGAAACAUCUCCACUAAAACCGACUGCAGAAAAGCCCACUACAAGUGGGUCCGGCGGAAGUAUAACUUCGACAAUUUGGGGCAGGCCCUGAUGUCCUUGUUCGUCCUCUCUUCCAAAGAUGGCUGGGUGAACAUCAUGUAUGACGGAUUGGAUGCUGUGGGGAUUGACCAACAGCCCAGCCGGAACCAUAACCUCUGGAUGCUUCUCUACUUCAUUUCCUUCCUCCUCAUCGUCAGCUUCUUUGUACUCAACAUGUUCGUCGGGGUGGUGGUGGAGAACUUCCACAAGUGUCGGCAGCACCAGGAGGCUGAGGAGGCCCGGCGGCGUGAAGAGAAACGGCUGCGGCGUCUGGAGAAAAAGCGCAGGAAAGCUCAACGACGGCCGUACUACGCCGACUAUUCACCUGCCCGGAAAUACAUCCAUUCCCUCUGCACCAGCCAUUAUCUGGACCUUUUCAUCACUUUUAUCAUUGGUGUCAAUGUCAUCACGAUGUCCAUGGAGCACUUCAAUCAACCCAAGUCUCUAGAAGAGGCCCUGAAAUAUUGUAACUACUUGUUCACCUUCGUCUUUGUGGUCGAAGCCAUCUUGAAACUGGUGGCCUUUGGCUUCCGGAGGUUCUUCAAGGACAGGUGGAACCAGCUGGAUCUGGCCAUCGUCCUGCUGUCCAUCAUGGGGAUCACUCUCGAGGAGAUCGAAAUGAACGCCGCGCUCCCCAUCAACCCCACCAUCAUCCGCAUCAUGAGGGUGCUCAGAAUUGCUAGAGUGCUGAAGCUUCUGAAAAUGGCCACAGGGAUGCGGGCCUUGCUGGACACGGUGGUUCAAGCCCUCCCCCAGGUGGGGAACCUCGGCCUGCUAUUUAUGCUCCUUUUUUUCAUCUACGCUGCCCUGGGGGUAGAAUUAUUUGGGAAGUUAGACUGCAGCGAGGAAAACCCUUGUGAAGGCCUAAGUCGGCAUGCUACCUUCAACAACUUUGGAAUGGCCUUCCUCACCCUCUUUAGGGUCUCAACCGGGGACAACUGGAAUGGGAUCAUGAAGGACACUCUCCGGGAAUGCCACCGGGAUGACAAGCACUGUCUCAGCUAUCUGCCUAUCAUCUCCCCUGUUUACUUCGUCACCUUCGUCCUCAUCGCCCAGUUCGUCCUGGUCAAUGUGGUCGUGGCCGUCCUGAUGAAGCACUUGGAGGAAAGCAACAAGGAGGCGAAGGAAGAUGCCGAGAUGGAUGCCGAAAUCGAGCUGGAGAUGUCCAGAGGGAUCAGCACACCAGAAAGGACCAUGGAUGGGAGACAGACCCCUUCCAAGGGGGGUUCACCCCUGCUGGUGAAACAUCAAGUCAUGGGAGCUUCUGCUGCUGCUGCGGGUGGUCUUAGGGACCCCCAGAACCUUCUCACUCUCCGCAAGAUCUCGGUGGCAAGGAUGCAUUCGCUGCCCAAUGAUAGCUACAUGUUCCGUCCUGUGAUGCCCGCCAAGCCUCCCUUCCCACUCCAUGAAGGGGAGCUAGAAGCCUUCUCCUACAAGUCACCUCGAGGAUCUGUCACAUCCAUCCGUUCUCAGCCGGUGGUCACUUCAUCAUUGAGGAUCCCACAGUUGGCCUUCCGCCCAACAACACCCCCUCCUAGCUACAACAUAGGAGCUCCGUGGAAGCUUCUACCCCCUCAUCCUGCCCCUCGCACCCCCAGUUUCAGCAGACUGCUGUGCCGACAGGAGGCCAUCCAGAAAGACUCUUCAGAUAGCUCAGUGGUGGAGUCAAAGCAGUGCGCCCAGGCAGAGAUGCGUGAAAACCCACCCCUGAAAAAGUUGUCUCACAGUAUUUUGGGGGCCCCUCAGCCUCCCCCAGCCCCCACAUCCCUCCCAGGCAGUCCUCCCCUUCCCCAGCCCUCCCCUCCCCACCCUGCAAGCAUCCACACUCCCAGGGACACCUUCAGCCAGCACAACAUCUCAGACAGGAGGUCCACCCACAGCAGCAUCCUGGACAGCUCCCUCUUUGAGUCCUCCGACUUGGCUGACGAAGAGGUCAGCCACAUCAACAGCUCUGCUGGGGAUUGGGGGGCACAGCUGGAGAGCCAGGACUGCUCGGACUCCCCUUUCGCCUCCCUGGCGCCAUCUCCUGUCCCCUUCAGGAACUGCAGCACAACCAGCUUGACCAUGGGGAAGGGCAAGGAGAAGGACCUAAAGAAGUUCUACAGUGUGGACACCCGGGGGUUCUUGGCCAAGCCGACCUGGGCGGAUGACCAGCGACGGCACUCCAUCGAGAUCUGCCCUUCGGUCGGCAAUGGGGAUCGCAGCUUCGCAGAUGCCUCUGAAAGGAGGAGGCUGCCUCUCCAGAUCCAGUCGGAGUCCGAGUACCUGCAUGGCAUCCGGAGGAAGAAGAAAAUGAGCCCCCCCUGCAUCUCUAUUGACCCUCCCAUGGAGGAAGAAAGCAGCGCCACCACGACGCGCAACAAAGCCUCGGAGAACAGCCUGCUGAGACGGAGAACGCCCUCCUGCGAAUCCACGGCCUACAGGGACUCCUUGGAAUUGGCUGAGGGUCAGCCGGCAGAACUGGCCUGCAAGGCAGACCGCCGGGCACCCCCAGCCUGCCGAGGGGAGCAUUUAACCAUCCCGAGCUUCUCCUAUGAGCCGACGGACCCCGGUUCCAUGGGUGAAGCCUGCAAACACCUCUCGGAGAGCAGCCAAGCCGCGGGGCCCUCUGUGGAUUCCACACCGGAAGGUCCAGAGCGGCAGCAAGCAGACCCCUUGGAGACUCAUGGCAAUCCCUCUAAGACAACCCAAGAAGAACUCCGGGGGGGCAGGGAUUGUCCUCCCCCGCAAGACGGACCGGUUCCAGGGACCCCAAGCAAAACAGAAGAGGUUGUUGAUGAGCCGGUAUAGCUUCCAAGGGGGGGUGGUCUUUGAUGAACUUUAAGGGCUUUGCCACCACAUGUGGCUUCGAAGAGGAGAACAGGUUGGAAAGCCACCCUCUCCACGGCUGAUGCUUACCCCCCAAACCCUCGGCUUCUCCUUGCUGCGAAGGUCCGGCUAGUGUAGAAACGGAACCAAAGUCCCAGAGAAGCUCCAAGCGUCCCGAGAGGUUGAGGGGUAACCGGAAGGAACCCGAUUUCCUUCCCACCCAGCACAAGGAGAAGCUGUUCCAACGUCCCUUUUCCUCCCUCUUCCUCCCCUUCCCCCUCACCCAGCGUGGCCUAGGACCCCUCUAGGGGGGUCGCAGACCUUUCUUGUAUCUUUUUUAAAGGCAACCCGGGGUUGGCUCAGAAAAACUUCUUUUUCUGAAAGGGCACCUUUUCUUAUUGCACGAAAAGCGGUCGCGGAAGCUCACGUGACCAGGCAGAAGCGAGUUGUAUAUUGUUCUGUAUAUCAGCAGUUACUAUAAAUAGAAAAACAUGUAUUUGAGAUUUUUUUUUAAAGGGGAAAAAAAAUGAAGAAAACAUACACAUCACCGGCAGACACAUCGCGACACACAUGCCCAUAAAUGUCCACAAGGAAGGUCUCCAUCAGAUGCAUAUUUUUGCAGAAAACCCACCCAUCAGGACGACCCAGAGACGUCGGCCAGAGGCGCUGAGCGCCCCUAACUCAACCUAGUUACACCAUCGUGCACCAACCACCGUCCAAUCUGAAUUCGCUCUUCAUGUCCAUUUUCCCGUCCCUACGAGCAAAGGUGUCCAAACUUGGCAAUGUUAAGAUCUCCGGACUUCAACUCCCAGAGUUCCUCAGAAAUGGGGAAUUCUGGGAGUGGAAGCCCACAGGGUUUUUAAGUGGUCAAAGAUGGACACCCUGCCUUGGAGUGACCCUAACCCUACCAGUUCCAGCUGGAUCAGGCUUCCCAUGGGAGGGGGACUCUAUCCAUUUUGUUUCACGUCUGCAUUCACAUCCGAUCCUCAAUGGAGUGAUGUCUUCAUAGGCUCAAUGUGGACGUAUCACCAUUUUUACCGUCCUCUUCUCAGUUUGGCCUCCAUCCCUUCGUUUUUCUUCGCUGCCCACUUCAUGCCUUGCCAGCUUUCUUCUGGUUCUCCUUGUUCCACAAAAUGGGGGGGAAAAACCAAAACCAAAACCACUACUGAAUUGUAGCCAGUGCAAUAACAAUUAAGUUAUUAAUUCUUCUUAUGGGUAAAAGAAUCUCUCUUUUUUAUGAUGAAGAAUAAUAAUAUUAUUAUUUUACAUAUACUCAAGCGAUGUUGUAUUUUUUCCCCCUUUCCCGCCCCCUCUCUGUUUUCCUAUGGAAUUCAGGUGAAAUGUUGCAAUAAUCCGAACUUUAAAAGUGCACAAUGAAAAGUAAAGAAGGAGAUUUCCAAAGUCAGCAGGAAAAGAAAAGAA